UGUGGUUGGGUAAAUAAGUAUUACUAUACUCUGUGAAAUAUGCUUAGUUUUGACCGUUUACCUACUCCUUGGUUUUGACUAAAACAAAGUGUUGGGUUAGUGUUGAGCAUAAUUUAUUUUAUUAUAUACCUAGCAUGAUUGACGACUUCUAAAAUUAAUAUUUUUACCUACCAAUGUUCAAUUAUCACAAGUUUAAUAUUAGUGGUUCACAAUAAAUUUUCUAUACAAACAAAAUGAUAGAACUAUCUGCAAAACUUACAACUGGCACAGUUUAUUUAGCUGGCGAAGCUUUAGAAUGUGCUAUAACGUUUUCCCACUCAGCUCAGCCUGAGCAUAGGAAUUCACAAUGUCACAGUGACAUCUUAGAAAAUCUAGCAUGGGCUUCGGCACAGAUACACUGUUUUUUUUCAACAUCAAAAAACUCAGGAGAUAAAACCCCUAUAAUUGGAAAGACCACUGCUUUGGAAGUUACUUCUAGUGACAUUGGUGAUGUUAUCUUUCAUACAAAACCAAAGAUCUUAUUCUGUGAUUUGACAAUACCUUUGGGUGAAACUAAAACAUUUUGGUAUAGGGAAUCCUUACCGAUAGAAGCUCCCCCUUCAUACAGAGGGACGGCUGUAAAAUAUUCUUAUAAGAUAACAAUAGCAACACAAAAAGUUGGUUCUCACAUAAAAAUGGUUAGAAUUCCAUUCAGAGUAUUACCCAUUAGCCCUAUAAUGAACAUGCAGGAUUUAGCAGCUCUAUGUGGCAAUGAGACAACAGAGGAACUACAACCAACUAAUCCAUUUUCAGAGGAGACAAAAGUAGAAACUCCUCUUACAAUGGCUCUACAAGUUUUGCAGAAUCUCACAGCUAGAAGAAGUCCCAAUUCAUAUAUGAUUACAAAUGCAAGAGGCAAAGUUGGAAGAUUCUGCUUGUUUAAGUCAGCCUAUAAAUUAGGAGAAGACAUAAUUGGUACUUUUGACUUUUCAGUUGGUACCGUCACUUGUAUGCAGGUGUCAGUGUCCUUGCAACCGGAAGAAGUUAUAAAGAAUAAAACUCCAACAAAAAAUGUCAAUAAAGAAAAUUCUAGCAGGUCAAUGACUGUAGCCAGAUGUCACGAAGUCACAGUUGGUCUUACACAUUCCCAGCUUAUAUUACCAAUACCUUUGCAUAUUACACCUGCUUUCGAAGGAAAUGAAGUGUCAUUAAGUUGGCGCCUUCACUUUGAAUUUGUAACAAGUAAUGAAAAGUUAUUCCCGAGUUCUGAAGACAGAGAUUGGACUGCACCUCUCAAUGUUCCAAUAGAAACAAUGGUUUGGAACCUACCUGUUAAGAUUUACUCUACACUUCCUAAGCAGAUAUCUCAGCAGGCUGCAGGAAGUGAUGCUUAUACAUUGUACAUAAAAUAAAUAUAUUAAGAGUAUUAUUUAAAUAAAAAUCAUAGGUUAUUAAUUAAA